AAAAUGUUGCAGUGAAAAACAUGCUUCUUAUUUAUAAGCAAAAUAUACAUUACUUUUGUUUGGUGUGAAAUUUGGCCCAGGUGGAGCAUUAGAAUAGAAUGCAGUGUGAAGUCACCUCAAGACUUGUACUGAGCGCACAGCAUGCUGACUCUCACAUACCUGUGAGCUCCUCCCAAUGUGCAACAUGCAGACAUUUUUUACUUUCUGUUUCUCUUCAAAAAAAAAGGGUGGAAGAAACAAAACAGCACCUCUGUGAGCAAACUUUCUUGAAACUGAUCUAUUUAGCUGUGAUUGUGCAGGUGAACGAAUACGGUUUGUUUCCCUGAACACGAAAGUGACUUGGACAGCAGCAAAAUGGGUGUUUAUGGAUGUCCAAAAUGCAUUAAAUAUGCCAUGUUUAUCAUAAACUUAAUCAUCUGGAUUGCAGGUACAUGCGUUGUGGCUGUUGGACUCUGGCUGAGGUUUGAUCAUAACAUUAAAAUCUUGUUUGAAGGAGAGAACUCAUCUCAAAUCUUCUAUACAGGUGUGUACAUCCUCAUUGCGGUCGGCGCGCUGAUGAUGGUCGUUGGUUUUUUUGGAUGUUGUGGCGCCAUCCAGGAAUCCCCUUGCAUGCUGGGACUGUUCUUCUUCUUUCUGUUGAUUAUCUUUGCGGUCGAGGUGGCUGCUGGAAUUUUGGUUUUUUCAAACCAGACGAAGGUUACUCAAGAUGUAACGGAUUUCUACAAGGAAACAUACAAUAACUACCAACAAACGAAACAAGAAGGUCUGAAAGAAACACUCCGACUCAUCCAGCAUGGACUUAACUGCUGUGGAGUGUCAGGAAACAUCCAGGUUGCUCCUGAUGAGACCUGCCCUGAAAAAGAGGUGCUCGAUGCUCUCAUUACAAAGAGCUGCCCUGAUGUCAUUGAUGAAUUCCUUAGCUCCAAACUUCAUAUUAUUGGAAGCAUUGGAAUCGGCAUUGGAGUGACCAUGAUCUUCGGCAUGAUCUUUAGCAUGAUGCUGUGCUGUGCCAUCCGGAAAACCCAGGAGAUUGUGUGAGGGUCCGGUUGCCUGGGAAACUGCCAGUAUACUUGUGUUGCAUGAUGUCUGUCCCAAAGCAGUCUGACCUCAUCAGCUAAGAGUCAGUUAGAUCACAGCAUAGUCAGGCUCACAAUCUCUUCACGACUCUGAUUGACUGGAAUUCACUCUUUUUCUUAGUGCACCUGUAUCACUGGUCACCAGUAAUGAGAGAAAAGGCUUGGUUUAGCAUUUCAAGCCCAUUUGAAAAGGCCUUUAAGUAUGACUUUUUAUAUUUUUUUAUCGUUCGUAAUAGAUUUUAAAAAGAUUAACCAUUUGUUCGCUUUAUUGUACUCGCAGUACUGCUUGAUAUGAAUUUUUCUAAUGUUUUGUUUCUGAUUUGUGAAUAGGGUCGAUUAAUUUACCCACAUCGUUGCAUAUGGCUCAAAUAAAAGCCAAAUGAUUCAUGAA